AGUAGGACAAGAGAAAUAUACGGGGUUUUCCCGUCUCAUAACGAUAAUCUUAGGUGAAGGUGCUACAAAAUGGACGUUUAAAAAAAUAGUCCGUUGUCGUACUAGAAUAAUCUAUUUUCGUUAAAGUAAAUGAAACUUGCGAAUUCUAUUAUGCAAGCGUACCUGUUACCUUAAGAAGAAGAUAGGGAUGUAAGCACAGGGAAGAUGUAUAAUUUUCUUAUAAACACUCCCAAUUUAAAUUUUCUCUUACCAAAUGUCAAAAAUUAUGCCUGGGGAAAAAAAGGAAAAGAAAGUCUUGUGUACUUUUUAUGGAGUCAAAACUUGAAAUCAGUAAAUGCUGAGUGUGAAAUAAAUAAACAACUGGGUAAUGAAAAGCUUAUAAACGUUUCUUUUGCCGAGUUAUGGUUUGGAACGCACAGCACAUCAGACAAUAUUGUUUUAACAAAUAAUGCUAAAGGUUUACAUAUUCCUUUACGUAAUUUUUUAGUAAAUCAAAUUGAAAUGAAUUUAAAUCAAGCACAUAUUGUUUCAUGUGAUUUGACAUUUAUUAUGAAAAUCCUUAGUAUUCGAAAACCUCUUUCGCUUCAAUGUCAUCCAGAUAAACACAAUGCUACUAAGCUUCACGAAAAAUAUCCUUUGUUGUAUCCCGAUGCCAAUCAUAAACCAGAAAUGGGUAUUGUUAUCUCUAACGAGGCACAAAUUUUAUGUGGCUUUCGCCCUUACGAAGAAUUUUUAAAAAUUUUAAACAAUAUAACACCCUUAUAUUCAUUUUAUAAUACUUUGUGUUGUGAUAUUUCGGAAACGUCUUAUUUGCUUAGCUCAGUCAAUUGUACUAAAGAAAGGAAUUUGUAUCAGUCCAUUUUAACCAAAACUCUUAAUGCCACAUCAAUGGAAAUCACUACACUGUUCAACCAAAUUGAAGAAUUCAGUACUCGACAUAAAAGCAAUGCUGAACUUCCCUUUGUUGUUACAUCGUCUCUCAAGCUAUUUGAAAGUUUAAAAAAUGAAUUUGUUCAAGACAACGCUUGUUUAUGUUGUUUCUUUUUGAAUCAUUUUCAUUUGAAAACCGGGGACGCUAUUUAUAUACCAGUAAAUGUUCUUCAUACUUAUCUAAUAGGGGAUAUCAUAGAAUGCAUGGCUGCCAGUGAUAAUGUCAUCCGAUGUGGUUUAAGUAACAAAGCAAAAGAUUUACGUAGUCUUUUUAAGUUAGUCGAUUAUACGGUUCCAGUGACAUUUUCAUGUGUACCUGAAGAUUGUGGAGAAACUUAUAUUGCAGAAGAUGACUUGAAAUUCUCACAUUUAUAUAUCUAUCGAACUCCGGUAUCAGAUUUUCAGGUUGUAUUAGGUGUGUUGUCGGCGUCAUGUUUUACGAAAAAACCACUUGAUGAUUUGAUUUGUUACCCAUGUAUUAUUUUAGUCUUAUAUGGAACACUUAUGGUAACAACAGAAAGUGCGAGUAACACUAACAUGAGAAAUAAUGGAACAGUGUUGAAGCAAGGACAGUCCGUUGUUUUACAGGCAACGGACUCAUACUAUUAUCACAAUCCACAACAUUCAAGCCCAUUCUACCAUAAAAAACCUAUUCAAUUUUUAGGGGUUUCGAUGUUUUGUUCUACACAGCUUUUUGAAGACCACACAAUAUUUGUCAUAUCCUCAUCAAGAAAAUGA